AGUCGUUGGGAGGUAGCCGUCAGCAGUAGCACCAGCACCCACCUCAUCGAUCACUUUGGGCGAAUUGUCCAGGCCGCACUCAUCAGGCACCUCCACUAAGCUGAAUAGCAUUCAUUAUAUAUCAUCCACAUCUACUCUCAUUGUAAUGCGUGCGUGCACACUAGCUAGCUCGAUCGGCUGUGCGAUCGUGAGGUACGUCCAGCUAGUAGAGACCAGCAAGAAGACGAUCGAUCGAUCGGGUAUGGAGGCCACCGGAAGCGGUUUGUCGUCGUCGCUGCUGCUCUUGGUGGUGGUGAUCGGCUGCGCGGCGGCGCAGGUGCCGAUCCCGGCGAGGACGGACGGGUUCGUGUACGGGGGAGGGAAGCCGGCGCCGGCGAUCGGGGAGACGGUGGUGGUGGAGGCCUACCUGGAUCCCGUCUGCCCCGACAGCCGCGACGCGUGGCCGGAGCUGAAGAAGGCCGUCGAGCACUACGCCUCGCGGGUCACCGUCGUCGUGCACCUCUUCCCACUACCUUACCACAGCAACGCCUUCAUUUCCUGCCGGUCAAUUCAUACCGUGAACAAGAUAAAUCCUUUGUUUGUGUAUCCCCUGCUCGAGAGAUUCUUCAAAUACCAGGAGGGCUAUUACAACCAGCCAACUUAUGGGAAAACAAGAGCUACAGUGGUUGAAGAGGUAACUAACAACCUUGUUGCCCCAAUCAUUGGGAAAACCAAGUUGGCAGCUUACAAAGCGGGUUUUAAUGAAUCACAAUCAGAUCAAGCCACUAGAAUUUCUUUCAAGUAUGGUUGUGCAAGGGGUGUUACUGGAACUCCAUACUUCUUUGUGAAUGGAAUCCCCCUUAGUGGCUCUGGUUCCCCACUGGACUACAACAAGUGGAUAUCCCUCCUUGAUCCAUUGGUUGGCAAGAUGUAGAUUGUGUUUCAACUCAAGUCCCUUUGCCUUGUGCUAAAUAAUAGAGUCAGGAAAAAAAUAAGAUUGGUGCAAAAAAACAGUUGGUUUCACCAAGAUAAUUGUGGAAGGAUAUCGGCUACAGAGAUGAAGUUUAGUUAGGCCAAUAAAAAGGAGUUACCCAUUUCAAAGAAAAUACAUGGUAUUUACAUUGUAAUCAUGAGACAGACAGUGAUUCCUCAAUAAUACAGAUAAAAUAUAGUAGUUCCCACAUACAACGGUAACCAGCGUACUACUCCUUCCGU